UACGAAAAAUAAGCAACAGCAAGCAACGGAAGUAGUAGUAUGCAAAAAUGGCGGCGUUGGUUGGUCCUCGCCUUGCCACUCUUGGCUCUCUUACACUAAGACCCAUUUCAUCAUUUGUUGCUCAGAAAAAGACUGUGCUUAACAACACAAAGGAUGAAGAAACUAAAAGCCUGGUUUCAGUUAGAGAGAAGAGCACUGUUCCGGCAGUCAAACCACCCUCAGCUGUCAGCAGCAAAGGGGAAUAUGUCAUCACCAAGCUUGAUGACCUAGUCAACUGGGCACGCAGAAGCUCUCUUUGGCCCAUGACCUUUGGCCUGGCGUGUUGUGCUGUGGAGAUGAUGCAUAUGGCUGCACCCCGCUAUGACAUGGACCGUUUUGGAGUUGUGUUCAGAGCCAGUCCUAGACAGGCUGAUGUCAUGAUCGUCGCUGGGACACUCACAAACAAGAUGGCUCCAGCUUUGAGGAAGGUAUAUGAUCAGAUGCCUGAACCCAAAUAUGUCAUUUCUAUGGGAAGCUGUGCUAAUGGUGGAGGUUAUUACCACUAUUCAUACUCAGUGGUCAGAGGCUGCGACAGAAUUGUUCCUGUGGACAUAUAUGUUCCAGGCUGCCCACCAACCGCCGAGGCCCUGCUAUACGGAACUCUACAGUUACAGAGAAAGAUUAAGCAGGAAAAGAAACUAAGACUCUGGUAUCGCAAGUGAGGUGUGUCUAGCUGUUAGUAUUGUGAUGUGUGUCUUCCUGUUGUAAAUGGUUGUAUUUAACGGUGGUCAUUUGUUGCACUUGGAAGGCUGUCAGAUGGAGUUGCCCUUGGCUGACCACUCUGUCUUCCUCUGUUUAAUUUACAAUAAAGGACCAUCCAUUGUAUCAGU